CUAACAAGACUGACCGAGCUAGGGUUUUAGUUAGCCGACGAUGGCGUGCACGAUCGAUUUCAGAUUUCUCGACGAAGGAUUCGGCGGCAAAACCUACAAGAGAAAGAGAUCGGAGAAGGCGGAAGAACUCAAUGGAUCCAACCAAGCACACAAGGACGCCACCAUGGACGUCGACGAUGACAGCAACGAAGGUGCUCCCCCGUCGUCGAAGAGACAAGCGGUGGCAUCUUCCGAUAAUCCCGACCGACCGACGGCGGCGUUCGGGAAGCCGACCUACGACGGUGUGAUUGCAGGGAAGAUGUCCAGCCGGAAGUGGAAGGAGCCACGGGCUCACCGCUCGUCGGCUAUGAACGUGAGCAAGAAGAAGACGACCUUCGAGCAGCGGAUGAAGGAGAAGGAGAUAAAGAGGGCCUACAGGGAGAGGAUGACGGAGCUGAAGGAGGAGAUAAGGCAGAACAAGGUGGAGAAGAGGAAGCAGAGAGAGGAGAGAGAGAAGAGAAAGCAGGAAAACAUUCUGAGGUCGGGGACCAAGUUCCAGAAGAUCACCAAUCCCAACACGCUCAAGAAGAUUGCCAAGUCUAAGCAGAAGAAGCUCCUCAAAGUUGUCCCCGAUGAAUUGCUCAACAACAACAAAGGCAGUAACCUGAAGAAGAAGAAGAAUUAAGUAAACUUGGUACCUUCAUUUUCGUAGUUUCCUUUUUGUUAUAAGAAAAUUCUUCUUCUUUUAGUGCGAGGAUCAGUGAGUGAAUGCAAUUUUGUUGUUUCUUGUCGUUUUGGUGGAAACAGAAUUUGGUAUCUAAUAUAGAAAUAUGGUUUUCUGA